CUCGGUUCAAAGACUUGAAAGAUCCUCCACUUUCCCAGAUGUUUCCUCCUUGAUUUUCCGAGAAAUUUAUAAAAGAAGAUCUCAUUCCUUACUUUGCACUAAAUUGACUUAUCCAAUCUCUUCCCUCUCUUGAAAAGCAGACGGUAGUUGAAGCUGGCAACCCAUUUGACCAGUCUCACCUUCCUCUUCAUCCUCCUCCUUUAAGAAAUUUUCAUCCAAUCUCUGCCCCUUAUAAUUUCCUUCUGUUUCUUGAAAGCUAUAUUAGGAAAAAAACAGAACUGAGGAAGGAAACUAAGAAUCUGUUAAAAGAAAAGAUGAAUGAUUUGUUUGCUGGGUCUUUCUCUCGCUUCCGCAGUGAGGAAGCCUCCCCGGAUCACCAUGUAAUUCAGAUGUCGGAGACGCCGUCAACAGGCGGUGUCAAUCUUGAUAAGUUCUUUGAGGAUGUUGAGUCUGUUAAAGACGAGUUGAAGGAAUUGGAAAGGCUCAAUGAGAGCCUCCAAUCCGCUCAUGAGCAGAGUAAGACUCUACACAACGCUAAGGCCGUCAGGGAUUUGCGGUCGAAGAUGGACGCCGAUGUCGCUCAAGCGUUGAAGAAAGCUAAACUCAUCAAGGUUCGACUGGAGGCUCUGGACCGUUCCAACGCUGCCAAUCGGAGUCUGCCAGGGUGUGGACCUGGGUCUUCGUCGGAUCGGACCAGGACUUCUGUGGUCAACGGGUUGAGGAAGAAGCUGAAGGAUUCGAUGGAGAGUUUUAAUAGCCUGAGAGAGAAGAUAUCUUCAGAGUACAGAGAGACUGUGCAGAGGAGAUAUUUUACUGUGACCGGCGAGAAUCCCGAUGAGAGGACACUGGAUCGCUUGAUCUCUACAGGUGAGAGCGAGACUUUUCUUCAAAAGGCAAUCCAAGAACAGGGCAGGGGAAGGAUUUUGGAUACUAUAAAUGAGAUACAGGAGAGGCACGACGCUGUGAAGGACAUGGAGAAGAAUCUAAAGGAGCUGCACCAAGUGUUCUUGGACAUGGCGGUAUUGGUGCAAGCUCAAGGAGAGCAGUUGGAUGAUAUUGAGAGCAAUAUGCAGAGAGCAAGCUCCUUCGUCCGCGGGGGAACCCAGCAGUUGCAUACGGCGAGAGUUUACCAGAAGAAUACCCGGAAAUGGACUUGCUAUGCUAUCAUUCUUUUGCUGGUCAUCAUCUUGUUCGUGGUGUUGUUCACUGUGAGACCAUGGGAAAACAAUGGCGGUGGUGGUAGCAGCCAACCAGCCCCUGCGCAGAAUCCACCUCCACCGCCCUCACCGGCGUAGGAUUUGAUGGGUUUGUAGCUUUAUACAUACUGAUCAUAUGCAUAUAUGUUAUAUUUUGUGGGAUAUUUGUUAGUUUGAAACUUGAUUAUUGGUUUUGUUGAUUGAUUGAUUUAUUUUUAUUUUCCUUCCCUUUUUGUUUUCUAGAGCUGAAUUUUGAUUGAAAAUUGAGAUAUUGAUAGAUGAUGAGAAGGGGCAUUGAUGCAUAGUGUAGCACAUAUGAUUUAUACCAAUUGAAUUGAUUGCUUGCGAUGGGAUUGGAAGCUUAGCUUCUCCCAAAUCCAUAGUGUUACAAUGUUUAUGCAUGUUUAGAGAGGAAAUUCCAUUGAUUCUGCUGUUUUCA